AUGGAUGCCUUGUCUAGUGGUAUACUGCUCUUGACCCUUGCUUGUAUCUAUGCGAUGAUACGGAGACUCAGGAAACCCUCAGUUUCCAAUAUUCCGGGACCACAACCUGAGUCCUUCUUAAUGGGCAACUUGAGUGAACUGCAUCAAGGUCAGGCUGCAGUGGCAGAUUUCGAAUGGCAGACUGUGUAUGGUGGUAUUGCUCGGAUCAAGGCACCGUUCGGCGAAGAUAUGUUGUGGAUCAGUGAUCCCAAGGCGCUUCAAUACAUAUAUCAAACUUCAGGAUACAACUUUCCCAAGCAACCUGAGCGACGAGCCGUUUCCCGUCUUGUAGGUGACCAUGGACUGACGUGGGCUGACGGUGAUACCCACAAAAGACAGCGGAAGGUCAUGUUUCCCGCAUUUGGGGGACCCGAAUCGCGAGCCCUUCUCCCAAUCUUUGAGCACCAUGCAGAACAGGUCGCCAUACGGUGGAAGGAGAUACUGGAGACCGCACCUGAACAUAGUGCUAUUCUAAAUGUCAUUCAGCACAUCUCGCCUGCAACGCUGGACGCGAUUGGAGAGGCUGCGUUCGACUACAAACUAGGAUGUCUUGAUAACUCUGACAAUGAACUCGCAAAGGCUUAUCUGAACCUUGUCGCGGACAUAUUUGCGAGACCGUCGAAGUCAAAGAUAUUAUUCACAAGCAUCGCACAUUAUCUGCCAAUGCGUCUGGCCGAAUUUUUGUAUGAUCAUCUUCCUGGGAAAGGCCUUCAGAAGGCCCGCUUUAACCGGGACGUCGCACAUUCGGUGGCGGAAGGCUUACUUCAAUCUAAGUCGCAAGCUCUGAUGCUCGGGAAAGGCAGUCGUGAUGUCAUGAGCAUGCUUGUGAAGGCGAAUGCGUCCGAGAACGAUCUAUCACGUCUCACUCAUGAUGAAAUGAUAGCACAAAUGCGGACCAUCAUGAUGGCAGGGCAAGAAACGACGACUAACACUCUCAGUUUUGCCCUCGUGGAGCUUGCUCGGUACCCGCACUACCAGAGUCGCUUGCGUGCUGAAAUUAGAGCUGCUAAACGGACCGUGCGGGAGCGCGGAGACGUCAGCCUCAGUGUGCAAGACAUGGAAUCCAUGCCGUUCUUGCAGGCUGUCGUGCGCGAGGUGCUUCGCUUCCAUCCCGUCGUCCCACAUACCUACAGACAAGCAGGGAAGGAUGACGUGUUGCCGCUUUCCAAACCUCUGACGUUGCGGUCCGGCGAAGUCGUUACCGAAGUCGCGAUCCCCGCGGGUAUCCGCCUAGUGCUGUCCGUGGCCGGCUACAACAGGGACAAGGGCAUCUGGGGCGAGGAUGCACAUACGUUCAACCCUGAACGAUUCUUGCACCGUUCGGGCAAACGUGGUCCCACUGUAGGGGUAUUUGGGAACAUGUACGCGGUUGUCCAUGUUUCGGAUGUUAUAUUCAUGAUACUCACCACGUCCUCCAGCUUGACGUUCUCGGGAGGCGUCCGGGCUUGCAUCGGUUGGCGAUUCGCUCUAUACGAGCUGCAAGCGUUCAUCGUCCAAUUGAUUUCCAACUUCGAAUUCGCGCUCACGGACGACAUCAAACGUCUUCGCAGGGACAAUGCGGUAAUCAUGGUGCCCACGCUUGAAGGGGAGAAUGGCGUACAAGCGCCACUCAGAGUGUCACUUGCCAGCGAUGCCGGCUGUUAG